AUAGAUUUUAUCUCUCCAUGCUUUCUGAAGUUUGUAAACAAUCUCUGGAUUAUUUUCAGAAAAUCCUUCAAAUUAAAUAAAUAAACAUGACUGAAAAUGUAAUAAAAGAAGGAACCCGAAUCAUUCUACAGAAAGGUGAUGACUACAAAUCAUGUAUUGUCCAGAAAGACAGUUUAAUAAGAAUGGCUAAAGUUCGAUUUAAUUUGAGUGGUUUGAUUGGGACAAAAUUUGGAACUUUGUUAAAAAUAGAAAAUGAAAAUUUAGUUGUACAUUCUGAGGGACAAACAGAAAUCCAGCCUAUGGACAUACAAGGCUGUAGUACAGAUAGAAGUAAUAAAGAAUUAGUGGAAUCAGACGAAAAUCAAAAGAUUAAACAAGAAGAAAUACAACAGAUGAAAGAUUCAGGCAUGAAAGGGGAGCAAAUAGUAGACAAAUUGGUAGAAAACAGUCAAACAUUUCAAAAUAAAACAGAAUUCUCGCAAGACAAAUAUAUCAAGAAGAAAAAACAAAAACACAUUCUGUUGGUUCGUGUUUUAAAACCUACAACACGAUUAGUGUUUAAUCUGUUUUACAAUCGAAACCCUGCUGAUAUUGGGUAUAUGAGAGUAGACACGUAUUCACAGAUUUUAUCAUUUGCUAAUUUAAUACCUGGUAGUAAUAUUGGUAUUAUUGAUACAUAUAGAGGUUUAUUGGUGGCUGCUGCUUUAGAAUUAUUAGGAGGUACCGGUAGUGUAAUACAGUUAAUACCAGAUAAUAUAUUUCUCAAAGAUUGUUUAAAAUAUUAUAAUUUAUCAGAAGAAUCAUUAGAGACUCAUUAUCAUUAUAAUAUUGAAAAUCUAGCUACAUUAGAAGCUGAAAUUAAUAAAGAUGAUACGUUAGAUCCCAUGGGUAGCUCGGCUACAACUUCAACAAACGUUGCUGAUAUGGAGUGUGAAUCAUCAGAUAAUUUAGUCAUAGAUGAUAACCAAUCAGCAAAUGGUAACGAUGCAACCAAACCUGAGACAGAAAUUAACAACAGAAAACGUAAACGAGUAGAAAGACAGAAAAAGACACCCGAAGAACUGGAAGCUGAAAGAGCACAGCGUGUCAAGAAUUCUAUAAAAAGAAAAAAAGCUCAAAAGAUUUUACUAGAUAAAGAUUUAGAUGGAUUAAUUAUUUCUAGUAAAUUUCAUCCAACACCGUUAUUAAUGAGGAUGCUAGAGUUUAUUAAUCCUUCUAGACCUGUUGUUAUUUAUUCACAACAUCAAGAGCCAUUGAUAGAUUGUUACAUGAAAGUGAAAGGAUCAGGAAAGGGAGUUAAUCUACAACUAACAGAAACAUGGUACCGAGAAUAUCAGGUUUUACCACAAAGAACUCAUCCUGCUGUUAGAAUGACUGGUAAUGGUGGAUAUCUUCUAACUUUUACAACUGCUGAUGCAUCUUGAUAUAAAUAACAUCCAAAUACUAUCAUCAUCAUCACACUUAUGUACAAUCAUAAUAUUCAGUCUAUUUUGAAAAACCUUUAUUUAACUAUCUGUGAGAAACAGUAUUGUAUAUUUAAGGAACUAAUCCCAUUUUAUGUUAAUCUACAUGCAAUAAAAAUAAGUUGGAAAAGAACCUAACAAAUACGAAAAAGCAGACAAUAUGGUUGGCAAUUGUCCUGUCGGCAGAUGUACUUGCAGGAAGUUGUCUGCCGGUUAUUGUCCUGCUCCCUGGUCUACUAGUAAGCGGGAUGGAUAUUGAAAUGGCUUUCCAUCUGUCUUCUCUUCCAUCCUGGGUAUUGUUUCCAGAGCAUUUAUUUGGGGAAUUAACUUAACAUCCCACUAUCAUCAUUCUGUAAAUUUAUAUCUUGGAAAAACUGUUCAAUUCUAAUGGUCAAAACAGAAGGAGCUACCAAAUUUAUUGUAGGAUGGAUUAAGAAAAACAUGCAUCAUGGCACUAGUUAUGUUGAUUACAGAAUAUUCAUUAUUGGGUUAAUAGAUUACAAUUGUGUAAAAUAAACACAAAACUGGUAUUCAAUUAAAGACACAUCAAUCUCAAUUUCGACAAUAAAUAUCUGUGGAAAAAAGGUUGAUUAGAAUCUGUGGUAUCAUUUGUUUCAUUUACAGGAAUUGAAAUAUUUUCUUACAGAUAAAAAAUGAAAUAUAUGACUGUAUUUAUAUGAUUAGGCUUUGAAAUAAUCAUUUGUUGUAUUUUGUUAUUCAUUGUUUGUAAUUAAAGUAUGAUUUGUC